UUUAGUAUUCUUCGAGCUUUCGUCCGGUUCGGUCGCAACUAGUGUGUCGAAGUACCGACGCGUGCUGUGGCUUUCCGUCGAAUUAUGGAUAUUAUCAAUUUGUAAUCGUGAAGCGGAAAAAAAGUUUAUCACUAAGCAACUGGUGUGGAUGGCGUUUCGGGGGAAUCGAAACUCGUUCCGAAUCACAACGAGGAUCCUUUUUUUCCUCCUAAUUGUUGGUGGCACGCGAUGACGGGUUUAGUGUGACGUGAUUUCGCUGUGUUUUGCGGACGGUUCGCAUGAUAAAGGAUGGUUUCGGCAUUAUCUUCUAAUUAGGAUCUGCGGUUAGAAGCGGAAGUUUUGGCAGAAUUAUCGAUGUGGUCUUGAAACGGUGGAAAAUAGUGCAAUUGAGUGGUGGUAGAGCUGGAAUAGUGAUAGACCGUUUUCGAAAAGAUAACAAGUGAAAGCUGUAUCCGUGAGUCACUGAUGUAGCCAAUUGUAGUUAAAUACGGUUAAUCCCCAAUGAGAAUAUGUCGCAGAAGGAAAUCCAAAACCGGAUGGAAUAUUUUAGUUAGCACAAGGAUUGAGUUUUUCAUUUCAUUUGCUUCCACCAACCACCCAACUAAACAUAGUGUCAUGUAGUGCAGCGAAAAAUUGGAAUUCGAUAUCGGUGACCGAAAAAGAAAAUAUCAAGCAUAAAACCACCACCGCCAGAGCACCGAGAAUGGUUUCGUCCGGUGCUUGAAUGCAAACAACGCCGCCCCGUUGGACCAUACCCCACCGUAGGGAAAAUACAAAAAAAAAUCUCGAUCCGAACAGAACUAACCAUCAGUGCACUAACUGGAGCUGCGGCAGUGCCCGUUGACCACGUCGCCAUGCUGUGCUUCAAUCUGAAAAUAGCCACCAUCUUCCGGAACUACCGAGAGACGGAUCCAGUUCGUGACCGGAGUCAGAGUUUGUUCACCCCUCCACCGAGGGCGCCCCAUCGGGACAUUGGGGCGCUACGAGGUCUGCAGCGACGGGCGUCCAGUGUAAUUACAUCCGCCACAGAGCUCAUAUCGAGGAGAGGUGUAUUUUCACGCCGGCACUAUGGAUCCGUGGAUCAGCUUCCACAAUCGGAAAUCAACGGGCUGGACCCAAAUUGUCGACGGUUUCGGCUAGAAAACGGUGAAUCGUUAGCGGAGAAGGAUGAGGUCUUCGGGUCACCCAGUACACCAAUCCUGGAGAAUCCGGAACAUCAAACGAGAUGGUAUUUCAAAUAUUUCCUAGGGAAACUUCAUCAAAACUAUGUGGGGAUGGACACGGAGAAAAAUCCAUACUUUUUGUCGAUAGUGUCACAGGAUUCCGGUAGUAAAUGUAUGCCACUCUACCGAGUGAUGCUGUUCCGAAAGCAGGGAGCUCAGAAGCUGGCCUUAUCGUACAACCCACAGCAGAAGCUAACGGUCAAGCAGAUACUUUCGAACUUUUCCCUAAUGGAUGCCAGCAAAUCCCCGAAGGAAGUCUUCUCCGCCGACAUUCAAAAGGAUUUACUGCUGCUGGAGGAGCAGGAAGGUUCGGUAAACUUCAAAUUUGGCGUCGUAUAUACGAAGGUUGGCCAAAAGCUGGACGACGAGAUGCUGAGUAACGAGCAUGGUAGUGCUGACUUUGACGAGUUCCUGGAACUGUUAGGAGAAAAAAUUCGCCUGAAGGACUGGGAACGCUAUCGAGGCGGACUGGAUGUAAAAGGUGACAUGACGGGGAAGCACUCGAUCUACACCCUGUACGAGGGCCACGAGAUUAUGUUCCACGUUUCCACGCUGCUCCCGUUCAGUCGUGAUAAUCGGCAGCAGGUUGAGCGUAAACGGCACAUCGGAAACGACAUUGUAAACAUUAUAUUCAUCGACGAGAGCACCGACGGCGAGGAAACCGAAUUCAAUCCGAACAACAUCAAAAGUCAAUUUACACAUGUGUUUGCGGUCGUUACUAAACGGAGUAGAAAGUAUCAGCUCUCGGUAUACUGUGACGAAACUGUUCCACCGUUUGGACCAACCUUGCCCAAUCCACCUGAAUUUGAUGAUCCUGCCAUUUUCCGGGACUUUUUGCUGGUCAAACUGAUAAAUGGAGAGAAGGCCACCUUCCAGACGCCUACGUUUUCGCGGAAGCGCGAACGAACACUCGAGAUGCUGAUCAAAGACCUGUACGAAGAGUACGUGCACGAUAAUAAAAUGAACAUGCUGAACCGGCGAGCCUUCUCGGAGGUAUUGUACGACGCACCGAGAACGUCCAAGCUGAAGGAAGAUGCUCGUCAGGUCGAAUUCGUGCGCAUCGGCCAGGCACUUAAGCUGGAGGCUAUCGUCCGAGGGGACGCUCCCACCAGUAUAGCAUCUGCUGGGUCCGUAUUCAAACGGCCGCCAUGGGAACCUCAGUGUUUCUAUCCGACGUUUCAACCACGCAACGAUCUGGUUGGUGACAGUUGGGGCCAGGAUCAGCUGUUUCUGGCUUCCGACGAGGGCACAUAUCUGAUCAAGGAAGACCAAACGCACCGAGUCGUGUUUGACAAGACACUCUGUGUGAAGCAGCUUAGUGUGGUUGAGGAUCAUGGUAUUCUGCUCCUGCGAGGUGGAUCUGCAGUGCAGAAAGACGGCCACCGGGUGCAUGUGUUCAGGCUGAAUGAAUUUGCAGACGAUCGGCUAGGGCAGCGGUCGAGAAUUGACGUGAAGGACCGUAGAAUAGAUAAAACGCGAGGUUGUCAUUUGUACGCGAUUUCGAGAGCAGGUGAAGCUCACCUCAGGAUGGCGGUGGCGGUUGGUCGAAAACUACUGAUUUUUCAAUGGAAACAUACGGCUGCGUGGACCUCGUGGUGUCCCAAUAGUGACAACGAUACGGUGGAUGGUUUCAUAUUUCUGAAGGAAAUCACUCUCCACGAACUGCCCUCGAUAAUGACCAUACUGGAAGGAGCUUGCCCAAAUUCUGGCUUACUGAUAUGCAUCGGAUUUAGGAAUUGCUUCGAAGUUGUUUCGGAGCUCACCGGACAUUCGACAAAGUUGCACGAGGCUGAUAAUAGGAAACAAACCGCUAUCCAUUUAGUGGCGGCUUUGGAUUUGUACGACGGUCAGGAUACUGAGCUGCUGCUGUGUUACAAUCACACCUGUCACUUCCAGAAACUUUCCGAUGAAACUACCAACAGCACUGAUUUUGAUUUCCAGUUCAACACACCUCCCACGUCGGUUGUUUGCGCGUUCCCAUACAUUAUAGCUUUCACGCCAGACUCCAUGGAAAUUCGACUGCUCGUAAAUGGUAAUUUGGUCCAUACCGUUAUGAUGGCUGAACUGAAACUGAUUACUGCAAAGAAAGAUAUUUACUUUGUGACAACCGCUCCGGAGUUCAUCCCGAAAGGUGCCAAACUACGAGGUCCGGAUUCCGAGGACCAUGAACUAGUAAAACCACGAAUCGAAGAAAGUAAAGUAUCACAAGAAUCUGAUCGCUCCACGAGCCCCGCAAGAAGUCGUCUAAGCUCAGACGAAGAUAAUAAUGGCGCACAAAGUACUGAUAAUCAGGAUAGUGGUUCAACUGAUAGCAAAAGUUCUGUGCUUUCGACUCCGCAAAUACAGCGAGCAAAGUCACUGCAGAGUUCCAAACCGGACCUGGAGAAAAGCAAAGAAGCUACUCUUUCCGUGGAUGAUCUGAAAAAAACUAUAUCGAAAAGUAAUUCAUACGGUGAAGCUGGUUCCUCAUUCUCGAUACCAACCACUACGUGUAGUAAAGACCUGGCCAAACACUUUGGUGCUCAACCUCAACCCAACACAAAGAACCUAUGCAAACAUUUCGGAGAAGCGUCCGUCCCUCCGAAUUCACCCCAAAACAGUACCAUCGUCAAAGGUAGCUCGCCAAGUUCUCCCACCAGGAAAUCCUUCAUCCGACAGCCAACCCUUAAUCUGAGCAAGUCUCAGCAAAACGAAGGCGAAACGUCCCCUUCGAACGGAAGUUCCAACAAACCGCUUAGAAUAUAUCGAAUUCCGUUGACGAACCUUACCGGAACGCACGUACAAUCGCAUCAUUACCACUAUCCAAGUACGGAUUCUUCCAAAAAACCAAUGGCAGUCGCCACCAAGAUGCAGCACGUGGCAGCAUCUAGUGAAACGAAAGUACUCACCUCAUCCAACGAGGAAGACGAACAGGAUCAUCCACUCGAAAAGGUCGAUUCCGGCGAAGAUGAGGUGAAACCCAAAAUAAGCAUAUUCGAUCAAAUUCAGCAGGAUCUGCAAGAACUGAGUAUGAAGGAUAAGACGGAACCACCGGGUGAUCUGCCUAGUUCAUUUUUAGCACCACUGUAGGGCCUCCUGGAAGCAAUAGUGAAAACAAUAGUGUUGACAGCUUCCAAUAUAUCAGCUCAAACUUUUGCAGCCCUCCAAGUGAAAUGAACUAUCGUGCCGCUUUACACUGAAGCCUGUUACACACAUAGAAUGGACUAUAUCGCUAGCGAGUGUUAUGUUACGAGAUAAAGUGUUAAAAAGUAAAAAAAAGGUUUCAACAUUGGAGACGAUUUUUUCCUGAAAUUUUAGCAAGUUAGCAAUAGCAGUUAGUUCGCUUUGACGGGAUGUUAGAAUAGGGUGGAGCUGCGGUUUCUGUUCCUGGGUGAAAAUUAGAACAUUUUUGACGUUUUUGGUAUGUUUUCGUAUUGUAUUCGUUGCCGCUCUUAAGCAGUUAGCUGGCAUUAAUUUACCUUGACACCAAAGAUAAAACAAAGUGGAAAAAAAAGAAAGCAACUGUAGUUCUGUUUCUUUGUAGUCUAAAAAACAAUUAAAACUCAUAGUAUAUUUGAAGAAAACGCGACAAAAAAUGUUUUCGUAACCCUUGAACUGGACUAUGAUAAGCCUGUUUGGAAUGUUCACAAAUGAGUAUGACCAACUAAACGGUUGUUGAUUAGAAAUAUGUUGCCGAAGUGCAUCAAGUAGAAUUGUCAGGGGAUCAAGGGAGAUAAACACGUAUCAGAUGAAAAUAAAGUGAUAACGUAGCAUUUUUGCGAGCAAGCAACCAUAGCUUAGGGCUGAUUUACAAAUUUGAUGCUUGGAUAGAAAAAGAGAGAUGCGCUUUCUCAUCAUAGGUUUUUUUUCUGUAUGUUUCGAUUAUUCGAUAAAAAUAGUUAAGAGUAAAAUAUAAAAGCCUCCAAACGACAUUUCGUGAGAUGUGAACUGAAUUUAGAAAAAAAAUCAUGUACAUUUAGAUUCUCUUAUAAUGACAAAAGAGCGUUCAAAAUGAUUCAAAAGCGAACCGAAUAUCACUGGUGUUGCUUAAAAAUAUAAAGUGUUCUGAAUGUUUACAAGGCAUAGAAAACACCACAACGGAAUGAACAGAAAAAUGUAUUAGGAAAAACUUAUUUGAGGAAAUUUUCCACAGUUGCAUCAGUUGCAUUUUGCAUCGUUACAGAUGACGAAUCUUACGGCAAGGCCAACUUUUCCCAAAUCCCAACUUUCGGGACCUAGUUUAAGUUUAGCGUCACGGAGGCCCGAGACAAGUACAUGUCAAAUUUUGCUGUAAAAUUUUUGAUCUGGCAGGCGAUUUGUUUAUGUGGUGAAAUGAAGUCCCUGUUGGGCGUCCAUUUUGUCCUAGCCCUAAAUCAAAACAAUCCAAUGCAAUAGCAUGGGCGACAUGGGCAAAGAAGCGGCUAGGCCCAUCAUUUGUUGACUACUGUCAAAGUCUGUAUAUCUCCAUUGCAGAUGACAGGGAUGACACCCCCUUGGGUGAAACAGUUCAAGUUCCUUUUGGCCUGAUUUGACAUUCUUUCAUUGCGGCAUUCCACGCAUUUGGCGCUGAAUCAAUUUCAUGAUACUUAAAAGGUAAUAAAACUUAAUUUAUAACUUGAGGCGGUGGCUAGAGGCAGAUCCCUUGCAAAAUACAUUGCAAUGCGUUGCCUGCAAUGUAUUUUGCGGUGCGUGUAAGACGUCAAAACCCUACCAAAAACUAGCCCCACAUUCAACAAAACUUCGAAUAAAGUGGAUCAGCGUAGGACAUUUGUUAGACAAACUUUUCUGCGAGGGAGUGCAAAGUUUCUGCAAUAAUGGAAAUUACAUGCAUUUUUCUAAUUAAAUACAAAUUUGUUAUACAUUCCAAGAGUAACAUGCCCCUAGGGCGGUGGUCAGCUAUUUUCGUUCUGGCCCCUUAUCACCUAUUUCUAUAGGAGCGGGCCAUUUGGCAUAAAAUCAUUUGACGGAAGGUUAUUUGGCGUAAUGGACAUUUGGCAUAACGGUUAUUUGGAAUAGUUUUGAGAAUUGAUCACACUGAAGGUCGUUUGACAUAACGGACAUUUGGAAUAAUCUCCGGGAUAACGGUCAUUUGGCAUAAUUUCUAAUUUUGCGUAAAGUUAAAGUCAUUUGACAUAACAAACAUUUGGCAUACCGGUGUUUUUACAUUCAGCAAAUGGGUGUUUAUUGGUUAUACAUAGUUUUGGACACGUUUAGUUCAUUCAUCACUAUUUUACAUCUUUUACCUUUACAAUUUUGAACACUUCUAAUGAAAAUUUACCAUAUAUAGAAUAUUAAAUUAGUCAGUUAGUCGCAAUUGCUACUAAAUAAUCAUUGAGCUCGCAUUUUUUUUAAAUUUUAUUGACAAUAUUCAUUAUAUUUCUAUAAUUUUCUUCUGCUCCAGAUUUCCGCUUCCGACUAGAAUUCGCAGACAUAAAUUUGCCCGCAAGUUUUCUUUUCCCCAAGAUGGACUUCGUCCAGCAUUUUGCAGCUUCCAACUAAACCGUUCCAACGUCUAUACCAGACCUCGAUCUGGUUUGUUGUUCUGGGAAUUUCAUUAACAAUAUAUUCGUUUCGUUGCAUUGUGACGAUGAUUUUGGCGGAUUGCACACUGUCUUCAUCAUGUAUGACUGCUGAUUAUCUAAUAAGAGUUGCUUAGGAAGUGGCAAGUAGGAAUUCAUAGCAAUCUGACCCAUAACCCUUAACACAUGAUGGCCAUCAUUGCUGGCCGCCCCCAUUUCCAUCGUUCAUAGGAAAGAAUCCACCUACUUACCUACAGACUCUUCCAUAGGUGUCGUGGAGUUGGUGGUUUGGAAGGGUAUAACAUCUAGGAUUUGCUCCAAGCAAGCGAUGCGACCUGUAAAGAAUAUUUUAUUAUGUAGUUGUUUAGUUAGUCUUCGAGUACACGAUGACUCGAUAAGGAAAAGAUCUUGUUUACUUUUUGGUUCUUUUUAAACUCUGAGCAGCCGGCUACCGAGAGUAUCCUAUGUUUCCUAAACAAAAGCAAUUUGAACUCCACACAGCCGACCGUGGGAGUAUUGCCUAGAACAGCUAAUCUUAUCCGCGUAAUGGGCCGGAUCACUAUCUAUUGUAACAGUAUUUAGACAGAAUUCGCCACUUCUCUACGGUAUAUUUAUUUGGUUGAAAACUACCGAGUGAUAACACGUUAUACAGACAAAGAGUUAUUAUAGUGCAAGAUGUUAUAAAUCAAGGUAUGUAUUUCCUAUUUUACGUAUCGGAUGAUUUUCCAAAACACGUAUACGAGCGAUAAUAACGACCAUUGAAGAGAAAUCCAAAGAAUUGUUAACCUGAUAGACGGGUUGGUUAGCAAUAACGGAACUUGAAAUUAGAUUCAUAAAAACAGGCGCGGCGAAUUUUCAGAACGUAUUGACCCGCGCUCAUCGAUACUAAUCAGAUUAAAGUCUUGUUGCGGCUGAUUCAUGAUCAGAUAUUCAUUUUUACGGUAGUGUUUCUUUGAUUAGAUCUGUUCGCACCCUCUCGUUCUGCUACUAUCGGCAGAAGGCUGAUAGCAUCCAGCCGCCGCUGCGGGUCUAAGGACCAAAUGUCAUCAAUAGACUUAGACUCGCAUGGUGGCAUAAGAUAGGAGACUUGUGAGAACUGAAGAGAUUAAAAAAACAAAGAAACGACAUGCUCCGUCCUGAAUCCGAACUCAGCUAUAAGCUUCUACAGCUGAACGGAACAGGGCAUCUCCUUACCAUUCCAAACCCUUUAGUGAAGACUACCCAAGCAACCAGAAGUUCGGAUAAUACUUAAAAAGCACACUUUAAAGUUCACGUAAAGUUCUUAGCGAACUUUUAAGCUGCUUAAGCUUUAAUGGAACUUGAAAGCUGCUUAAGCCGCUAUUAGAACACAAAACGUACUGAAAAAUUAUUUAAAACGAGAAGCUUAUGCAGCUCCCUUAUACGAACUUUUGGUUGCUUGGGUACGUUAUCUCGCCGUUUGACGACCUGGGAAUUUCAUUAACAAUAUAGGAGAGAGUGAGGACACUUGUUCCUUGGGGACGUGUGAUCCCAUGGCCAUAUCUCUUAAUCUAUUGACAUAAAAGUAUUUCAAUAUAUAUAAAAAAUGACACAUUUGGGAUUAUAUGAUGUUUCAAAAACAAUUUACAAGCUUACCAACAGUUUUUGAGAAGAUAUUUUAUGUUUUAAAAAAAAAUAAUGAUUUGCGUUCCUCUCAUAAAUCUUUUUACGAACUUUUCAAAUAUUUUAUAAGACAAAAUAACGAUUUUCCGCAAAGGUUUUGAAAAGAAAAUUGCUUUUUGGUGAUUUAUAUUAGCGUCAGUAGUAUGUUUGAGUGCAAAAACAGGAAACAUUUACUUAAAUACCAUAUUUUAUAAAAUCCUAUCAACGAGAACACUUGAUACCUGUAAUCGUGGGUACAAAUGAUCCCCAUCAUUAUUACAAACGCACAUAUUCGAGCCAUUCAAAGAUCUACAAAAUACAUUUAAGCAGAUUGCCUGCUAGUUUUCAUUGAAGAAUAAUUUAUUUUUCUAGACAAAAUAACGAACGAAAUCAUUUAGAGAAAGAUAUACUAGCAGCACUGGCGGUUUUCGGUUUCCUGUCAUAAUAUUAUUUUGCGCGCAUUGUUUUGAUUGCCGUUUUUUGCUGCCGGAAAAUUUAGUAUUUAUUUGUUAUCCUGUUAUUUCACUGGACCUCAGGUGAGCAAAUGCACUUUCGCAUCUCUUAGUCACAUUUUCAAUGUUUUGAUGAUAUAUUUUUCAGAAUGACAAGAGUGCACAAAUCCUCGGGGAAAAAGCGCGUUCUCAUAAACCCGGAAAAUCUGAAACGGGCGGCGAAACACUUUACGCCCGAGUGGGUAGAAAGAAUAGGGUGAGGGGUCCAUUAGUAAGGAAUUUUUCGCUUUUCGCAAUGCACACGCUUACAUUACAUUCACAUUAAAUCACGUUCGUUUAUGCAAAUGGAAUUGUGGUACAUCGAUGUUUUCAAAUGUAUGUAGUACGAGAUACAUGCGUUGCGCAUCUAAAUUUUUUGAAAUGGUUCAAAAUUUCGAGUGGGUAAUUACCCACCCGGUUAUUUUCGAGUGGGUAGUACUACCCAUACUACCCACACUUUCCGCCGGCCCUGGUUUCACAAUUGCCAAUUGUAAUAGAACCAUCGCCUUUUUCCACUUGCCCUAGGCCAUUUGUGUGAUCCUUUGAUGAGGCGAACUGCCUCUAGAAAGUGUCCGAUGUUUUUACAAAACUCGCGCAUUGAUAGUUUUUUGGCCUUCCUCAACUCGGUGUUGUAUUUGGUACGAGCGGUCCUGUAGUUUGACCAGUUACCAGUAAUCUUCGCUUUAUUGAAAAGGCGCCUAGCUUCCUUCCUAAGUGUUGUCAGAUUUUCGUUCCACCAAGGAACAUCACGAGAUACAGACCUCGUUACAAGAGGACAACUGUCAUUAUAGGCGGUUAUGAUCCUCUUUUGUAGGUCGUUUGCCACAUUAUCCAGAUCUGUCGGAGAUUGCAUCUUACUCUCCGUUCUUUUUGAUUGUUCCAGGUGUGAGCGGAAUACACACCAAUUUGUUUUCCUUAUUUCCCUGUGUUUUUGCAUUGUGAGUUUAUUGGAUUCUAUGGCGAAUGUGUCUGUGAUCCAACAAACUAGGUUCGUCAGAAACGUGCCAACUCUUUAUCUUUCCCGUUAUUUGAGCGCUGCAUACCGUAAGGUCCAGUACUUCGCUCCUAACUGCGUUCAUAAAUGUAGGUACAGCUCCCUCGUUACAUAUACUGACAUCAUUUGACAAAAGGUAUUCUAGUAGGUACUCACCUCUGGUAUUUAUAUCAGUGCUACCCCAUUUUGUGUGAUGUGCAUUGGCAUCACAUCCAAUGAUAAAGUUCUUGUUUAUGCUUCUGCAGUACCUUAUUAGGGCAUCGAUUUCAGAAGGUGGUGCUGUAUCCGCAUCGCCAGGGAAGUAGGCAGAUGCGAUCACAAUCUCCUGCUUUCCUCUAGCCGUCGGUGCUUCCACUGUUAUUGCAACGAUGUCUCGUUGAAUGAAUUCUGUAAUUGGAAAGAAUUUUAUUGCUCUGUUUAUCAAAACUGCAGCUCUUGGAGUUGGCUGGUCGAUACAAUAUACCAACCUGUGAGCUGAGGAAUUUAAGCCAAAGAUUUUGUGCUUGUUUGCCCACGGAUCCUGUAGAAGAGCGAUGUCUAGGCGCUCUUUGGUGAACCUCCGGGCAAGGACGCUUGUGGCACCUUUUGCAUGGUGGAGGUUCACUUGAAUGCAGCGAAUGUUGCUUAUUUUUUGGGUGUUACUUUACCGUCGUUUUGUGGGGCCAAUUCUUCGCCUCCAUCAUUGUACCGACGGCUAGUCACAGGCUGAGUGCUGGUCAACGUUCUAGCGGCCUUUUUUGGCCCAGUAUUUGCUUCGGCUCUUGCCGUUUGCGCACCUUCGUCUGCAGCGGGUUUUCGAUCCUCUUCUUGCGUAUCAGUUCGUGAGCCGCAUACAGUAGGGGGCUUUUGUGUUUUGCUCGUAAGACGGGCUGCCACCGAUGCACUCGUUACCGUUGCUGCAGGCUUGCUAUGAUCAGAAGUCCGUUGUGAGGUGCUCCGUGUUGGGUCACCCACAGGAGCUUUUACAGACCAUGCUUGCCUAGAACUUCCACGUUCGGCGAAGGCCGGGCUCCCCUUCAGCUGGCGCAUUCUAGCCUUUCCGAAUACGUAGUUCAGCUGGAUGUGUUGGGAGGUUAUCAGUUUCACUAAAGCCUCAUCAUCCACCAUUUUGAGGACCGUAGUUCUCUUCACGACCUUCCAGCGUUCUGUGCAGAAAUUGUCGUUCUGAUUCUGCACCAGGCUGAGGAUGUUCCCAUCGAACCUGUCGAUGCUGUCGGCGAAAUACCCGAUGUAAAAUGCUUGUUUUGGAAUCUGCGACGCUUCAACAGCUUCCAAUGAAGCGCCUUCCCAGGGCUUGAUUACAGCUGUGGCAUCCUUCAGCCACAGCUGUAUCUUUGUCUACACAGGCGAUUUCGUUUGUAGGUGCACUUCCUAAACUUGGGUCUCGUAUUGCUUGAGCUCUGCUCCAUGACGCUAUCGAUCAGCGCGCUUCGAGUAGCAUUCAGUUGUUCAUGGCUGAGGGUAUUUGCAGGGUACCCAACCGGAAUGAUGGCCAUCGAGUACGACUUGGCCAUUUCGUUGAAAGUUGGGCGCUGCUCAGUUUCCAGUGUCUGUCUAGGAUCCUGAUUCUUGAUCUUUUUCGGUUGCGGUUCCUUCCUGCACCGACUGUUGUUCGGUGCCUCCAUGUCCGUCGAACGCAGUCGCUUAGAUGGCGCCUUCCCUAUUGGGAUUUUUGCCAAUUCUAGCGCUUCAGUGUGUUUGUGGUCGUUUCUCAGCAGCCACCCACAGCGUUUCUUCGCCGCUCCGCUUAAGUGAUGAGUUCUACCUGUUCCUCUUGUUUUGUUCUCGGAGACCUUCAACCCACCGGUUGCUCCGCCGGACUGGUCUGUGUCCUUCUUGGCCACUAUCCGAUCCUCGUCUCUAUCUGGAGAGUUGAGAAUAGACGAAAUGCAGGAUACAACACGAACAAACCACUAUUCAGCAGCUCUCUAAGUUUGGUUUCCGCGCAAUCCUUCUCCUCUUCCACUUCCAUCGCCGCAAUCUCCUCCAAACUAAUGUUUACAGUGUUCUUAGUGUUUUCUGUUUUGUUCCCACGAAUAGCUAGGGAAAGAAUGUCAACCCUGUCAGAGCCCCGCUUAACAGGGUAAGGGAAUAAUACUGUGGGGUGCGCCCUUGUGCCCCACAGGCUCCGUGCGCGGUUUGGUAAUUGUCAUCACUUCGGAUCCCAGUCCUAGUUUUACGUAGGGCUGGGGUGCGAAGUGUUGAUGCCCUCGGCUAUUCAUCCUUCGGCACGCGUCGCUUCACACCUUGGAUUGGGGCAUAAAUUCUACGGUACGGGUUUUGAGGCCCGCCCGUUGGCACCCUCUCAUUUCGAUGCUACAGCAGAAGGCUGAUAGUAUCCAGCCGACGCCGGUCUAACGAUCACAUGUCCUCGAUAGACUCACGUGGAGAUAUGAGAUAGGAAACUUGUGAGUACUAUGUUAUCUUACCAUGUGACGGCACAGCUGUUAUUAGUCGCCUCUUACGACAUGGGGAACAGAAACCCAGUGGGUCAAUUCUUCGCUGAAAUACAGCGAGAGAUUUCAGCCACCGCCGGAUACCACACGGCUGUUCAAAUGUGUGUAGUGCGAGAUACAUGCGUUGCACAUCUAAAUUUUUUGAAAUGGUUCAAAAUUUCGAGUGGGUAAUUCGGUAAUUUUCUAGUGGGUAGUACUAUCCACGCUUUCUGCCGGCCCUGGUCUUGUGAUUAAUGAAAACGAUAGAUAUACGAAGAAAGUUAUCUAGAUAAGUUCAGCGAGCUAAUGGAGUUCUUUAUUCCGCAAAAUUGAAGGGUUACUGUGCCCCAGUUCAUCUUAGCUCCUGUAUUCAUCCCACCCAUUUGAAUAUAUUAGUUAGAGCAGUGUCUGCCCUCUCUAUUCAAAGCAUUAUAUCAAAUGGAAUGAUGAAUAAGGGUGCGAUGUACUCGACUUUUCAUUUCGCUCAAACGCGAGUAUUUUACAUUUUGUAAACCAGAUUUUUUUAUGUUACUGCUCCUUAAGAACGAAGCAAGCAUGCUGACAACUAUUUAUGCGCCAUAUUUGACUAAUGAGAUGAAUAAGGACUCGUCUUACCCUAUAUUAAAAAUAUAAUAAUUUAAAAACCUUAUGUGACUGUUAAUUUUCUGUUCAUCGGCAUUUCUGUAUGAUCAAAGUAAUUGUAUAUUUAUUUUCCAUCAUUGAUGAUUAAAUAUCAGAUAUUUGCCAUUGGUUUAUUUUUGCUUUUCUUUGGACGUAGUUGACAAAAGAUGAAUACGUGUAUACGUUCGAUUCAGUAUCAGAUCAUUAAGCCAGUAUAUGAGCUACAUUGAUUAUAUUUUGGAGUACGAAAAAGCCUAAACCCUAUUAGGAUUAGUUAGUUCAUAGUGGAGUGUUCUACUACAGAUAACAGACGUUUAGGUUUGAUUCAAAAUGUGUGUGAACUAGAAAAACUCUAGAAAGAGAACUGCGGAGACUCCAUUUUGGAUUGAUUGGAUUCGCGUUUAGCCGUCAAAAAACGAAUCCAAACGAACGUUGCCUAUCCUUAUAACAUUGGCCGUGUUGCCAUACAAUGCCGGGGCAUGCGUUGCCAAAAAUGCUGUUUUUCUCUCCGCAGUUCUCUUACUAGUUUUUCUAGUGUGAACGUGUGGCCGCUGUCCCGCUGUCGGAAGCGGCGGCCCCUCGCAAGCAAACCUGUCAUCCACUCGUUUGCUCGGAUUACUCAAACAUAGGGGCGAUACAAUAGUUCCGGACGGAGCGACAGCGAUGUCGAAAAGCACACGAGUUGAAGCGAUGUGACGUUGUCACGUUAGGCGUAAAUAUUAUUUGUUAAAUUGUGAAAAAGAAUAAACUAAUUAAUUUUGGUUCAAGUUAAAUAUUAGAACUAUUGGCAAACAAACUCUGUUCCAUUUAAAUAUUUGGGUAGUUGCCGUUAUGCUCAAACAUUUGAGCUAUAUGCUUACAACUGCAUAAGUAACUUUCCCUCCGACGGUGAGCAUUGUUGUCAACAUAUAAUCAAAAUACGUGAUACAUACAGGAUAGGAUUUACCAAGGGGUGAGUCACUUAGCACAAAUCAAAUUGUGCUCACAAACAAACAGCGUGGUAGCCUGUGCCGCAAUGUGCCACGAUGUGCCAUGGUGUUCAGUAAAACAAAAGCAAUGAUUGCUAUGAUUAUUUAACUACACUUUGUUGACAGUUUUUGAGUUGUCAGAAGUGUGCCUCAUUGUGCCACACAUUGUGGUAACGAGUGAAAUGAUCGUGUAUUACUGUGAAUCGUAUUCUUAUAUCGUGUUAUCGUAGGUGCAAUACAGUGUGGAUGGCACAUUGUUCUAAGUGACUCACCUCAUGGAAUUUACUCAAAAAACACCUAUGCCGAACGACCGUUAUGCGAAAUUACUUUAUUUUUUCUUGACAUAAAAGCAUUUAUAAGCAAAAACCUUCAGCAAUAGCAUGGCUCAAAAUUAUACUGAAUGACCUGAUUCUUCGCACAGUCUUAAAUUAUGUAUGUGACCCUGCAGUUAAAAAAAUGGCAAAUGACCUCCAGUGUGAGCACUUCUCAAAAUUAAGCCAAUGGUCAGUUAUGCCAAAUGUCUGUCACGCCAGAUGGCCCUCACUAGGGCAUUGCAAAAAAGCACUCAUUUUUUAAAUAUAACCACAGACUAACAGACAUAACACUCGAAAAUAAUGCUUCGCCCACUUUAACGGUCAUUUUAAAUAUAUUUGUAGUUGGGACUGUGGCCGCUUUUGAAAUUAUGGCGCCACUGAUAUAUGAACAAGCAUAUGGGGGAUAGACCACUAGUGAAAAAUUGUUCCCAAGCCUGAGGGGUAACCCACCAGCAAAUAAGCGUUUGGGACCGUGAAUAAAAGUUGGAGCUAGUGUUCUUGGAAAAUUGCCGGACCGAUAUUUUUUUAGGGAAUUCCCCCCAUUUUUUAAGUAUCACUCGGAAAAUUAUAAUUUAUAAAAUAAAAGCCGUGUGGUGUCCGGCGGGCUGAAAUCUUUUUGCACUAUUUCCACCAAGAAUAGAACCUCUGGGAACUGCUCCCAUGUCGUAAGAGGCGACUAACAACAUGCUAGGAGUUCCUAGGCCGAGGUUUUGUUCCGUACCGAAGACUUAAUCUGGGCGGACCUUAAGGUUUUCCAUAUUACCCUCUUUCCAGUCUGUAUUUAGUGAAUCACUGACAUAUACCUUUUCUGAUUCGCCUUUCUUGAUUGUGUACCAACGUUUUAAGUUUCUUCUGGCGGUUGUAUAUUAGCCGUAAAUGACGAAAUCUAAUUCUACACUAAGUAACAGAAUAUAUUAAUAUACCGGCACUUCCACGCCAAGGUUUAACUUCCAAAGCUUUGGCUUAAAAACCGUUUUUAAAAAAUGGAAACUUUCAUGCAGGAAAUUUAUUGAAUUGGCCUAAGAUGGAGCUGUCGAAUUUCACAAAAAGCUUUUUAUGUUGCAAGUGAUCUGUAGUUGUGUUAAAUUAGGUAUUUUUCUAUUAUAUUUGGAACCGUCUACCGACAAAUCUACAUUUACGAAUACCUCCAAAAGUGACUUCUUGAGGUCUCAUGAAGGCCUGACACUAGCUUUAUGAUACUUUUGCUUUUCUAAACAGUAAUAAAAAUCUCAACAUUCAAGAACUUCACUUUGUCAGAAAAUGUAGGGCCAUCGGAAGCUAAAACUUCGUAAAAUCGCACUCCUGGUCCUUUUUUCAGUGCAGUACUCUACGUCACUCGUUCAAAUUUGCACCGCUCUUAUGGUAGUCGGUAUUUGCUAGUAUUACUGUUCUCCCAUCCAUUCUGGUAGUCAAACGGUGGGAUAGCAAAAUUCUUACAAGUUUCCUAUCUCAUGCCUCCACGCGAUUCUAAGUCUAUUGAUGACAUUUGGUCCUUAGACCGCAGAAUGAGAGGGUGCGAACAGAAUGAGAGGGUGCGAACAGAUCUAGUCGAGAAAACAUUGCCGUAAAAAUGAAUAGUUGAUCGGAAAUUAGCCCCAAUACGACUAAUCUGACUAGUAUCUAUGAACACGGCUCAAUACGUAUUGAAAAUUCGCCGCGUCUGUUUUUAUGAACCUAAUUUAAAGCUCCGUUAUUGCUAACAAGCCCGUGCAUCAGAUUAACAAUCCUUUAUAUUUCCCUUCAGUGUUCGGUAUUAUCGCUCGUAUACUUGUAUUCCACAAACAAUCCGAUAUGGAAAAUAAGAAAUACUUUCCUUGAUUUAUAACAUCUCGCGCUAUUUUUGCCAGUAUAAUAUGCUGUCACUUGGUAGUUUUCAAGCCAAUAAAUAUAUCGUAGAGAAGAAGUAGCGAGUUCUGUCCAAAUACUGUUGCAAUAAAUAGUGAUCCGGCCCAUUACGCAGAUAAGAUUAGCUUUUCCAGGCAAUACUCCCACGAUCGGCUGUGUGGAGUUCAAAUUGUUUUUGUUUAGGGAACAUAGUAUACUCUCGGUAGCCGGCUGCCCAGAGUUUAAAAAUAACCAAAAACUAAACAAGAUCAUCUCUUUUUCGAGUGAUCGUGCACUCGAAGACUAACUAAACAACUACCUAAUAAAAUAUGCUUUACAGGUCGCAUCGUUUGCUUGGAGCGAAUCCUAGACCUGAUACCCUUCCAAACCACCAACUCCGCGACACCUAUGGAAGAGUCUGAUGAAUCGUCGUCCUUCCGUUAAGUAGGUGGAGCAUCAACACUUCCUGUCUACCUUAUCCUUUAUCCUUCCCCGUGAACGAUGGAGAUGGGGGCGGCCGGCAAUGAUGGCUAUCAUGCUGUUGAGGUUUUAAUAUGGGUCGGAUUGGUAUGAAUUCCUACUUACCACUUCCUAAGCAACUCUUAUUAGAUAAUCAGCAGUCAAACAUGAUGAAGUCAGUGUGCAAUCCACCAAAAUCAUCGUCACAACGCAACGCAACGCAACGCAACGCAACGCAACGAAAAUUAUAAUUUAUAAAAUAUUUUUGAAGAAAAAAAUCUUAGCAUUGUAUUGAAGUUACCUUUGUUUCCCAAAAAAUUGGGGAAGCUAGAGUUUUGGGGAAUUUUGUUCAAAAAUGCCUUAUUCUUAAUAACCAUUCUGCUCUAUGUUGCAAAUCAUGCAUUUUUUGCAGUUUUUCUAAUGUGAAAAAUUCUCAGAAUUCAAACGACACCUUUGUCAGAAUACAGGGUUUUAGGACAUAUUGUCAUUCAUAUCAAAUUUAAUCAUUUUUUCGGGCAUAUAUCUCUAGUAUUUUCCAAUCAAAUUUUAUUAAAAGUACCUUGUUAAAUGUGGAAAGUUCUCAGGAACUAAAUGGAAAUAGAUUCGUUCCAUUAAAGUUCAGAAGCAUCAGAUUUUUUACAUUUAGGCUGGAAACCAAUUAAUUUUUAAAUUACAAUUUGAACUGUCUGUGGGGACCAUAAUUCGUGUACCCGCUGAGAUGUUGACUCAUGUCAGUUCAAUACGAAUGGGAAUAUACGUGGCUCUGAAGCUGUCCAUUCUAGCUGUCAUUUUGUUAUGCUAGAUACGAUAUCCUUAAACCGUCGCAGAUCAGGUGGAAUGCGACCCCAUGUUGUAUUGGUUGUAGACUGCAUGCGUGGAGAGGGGGAACGGCUUUUUGUUUCCGGUAACCUUGAAGGAGGUAAAUUUGAACUAUAGAAAAUAAAUUGAUAAAAAAAUGUUUCUCUCUACUUAACUAAAAACAAUGUUUAAAUAUUAAUAAAUGAGUUCUUGUGCUUUAGAUAAUUUGGAGUCCGAUAUGACCUCACCUUGUUUCGACAUCUUUGAUUCUCACCUGGUCUGCGGAGGGUAUUCACUUCUUGUACGACGAGAGAUAUAUUGUAAUUAAGGUAGAAAGCGUCCUUUGGUCAAGCCCGCAGUCAGGAAGGAUACCUAGUAGUCAGUAGUAUGAUCGUUGCAAUAACCCUUCGAUUAAACUGAAAACUAAGAAUCAACCUUCUGAUCAACAAGACUUUGGUUAACCGGGAAAAAGUCACGCAAACAAAGUACUAGUUAUUUUACUACAUAUUACUAUAGCAUAUUAAUUCAAUACCAAUGCACAAUAAAGAAAGCGCAUCUCCAUUCACAAUCCACGUUUAAAUCAAAUCGAGAAUCAAAGACAAAAAUUUGGAAACAAUUUUCAAAUGCCAAUAAAUCGUCAAACAACUGGCAUCUAUUUGCCCAACGUAACCCGCGAAGAAUGUCGAAUCAUUUGAAUAGUCUGCUGUCGUUCGUUUCUUAUCAAUCGAUUGAGCCCCUUUACGUGAUUGAUCUAGAAAACAACAUUCCAUUCUUCUCGGAUGUUUGGUAUUAGUUGCACCAGUAGCGGCCAAAUAGAUGAACAGUAUGACUAAUUUGUUUGAAGAGAUUGGUUCAUUUAAUCAGAAUUCAAGUAAAUAGAAAAAAAACAUUGUUCAUUACUGUAGCAUAAUGUUAUCAUUCAAUAAAACCGUAAGUGUUUGAAGAAAACUGAAACUCUAGUAGCAUAUUUACAUACAGUAUUCGCUUAGAUGAGAAUUUGGAACCAGAUAUUGAGACAAAGUUUGUUGACAUUUUACAAGGUAUGACAAGAAAUAUCAUUAGAUUGAAUUAGAUACGGAAGCGCGACGUUAUAGAAAGAUGGUCCUAAUUUAUCUGAACAAACUGUAAAUACACAAGCCCUAGCGUUGAAUUGUGAAUCUAGCGAUUUGAGUUAAUAAAGUUUUUCGAUGCUUGAAGCAAUCAGACAAA